AUGGAGGCUACAAGAGAAUUGAGCACAUACGAGCUUGUUGGCAAGUUUGCUGCCAUUUUGAGGAAUUUAUUGGCAAUGAAGUCAUUUGAUGUUGAUGUAAUUGAGCAUGUAAGGAGCUGUUAUCGUGAUUUGAGUGGUAUUUUUGGAAUUAAAGGUUUUGAGGCAUGA